AUGAGGGGAUAUUCAAAAAUUAAAGGAUCUCUUUUGCAUAUUUAUUAUUUACUUUAUUUUAUUUUUGUAAUAUUAAUUUUUACUUAUUCAAUUUCCAACGCUGAAAAUGAAUUUAAAUCAAAAAGAAGGAGAAGAACUUUUGAAGAUAUUGGUAUUCCUGAAUGUAAAUCUAAUUUUGAUUGUGUUGUUGGAGGUGUUUGUAUUAAAGAUCGAGCAGGAUUAGGCCGUUGUUAUUGUUCUAGUUCUUGUUCUUAUAAUGUCCCAGUCCAAUGUGUUGAACACAAUCCAUAUAGUUGUGUUUCGAGAGGAGAAUCAUCUCAACUGCCAAGAAAUGAAAUGAGAAAUCCUUUUUGUUUUCAUAGGAGAUGUAUAUGCCCACCAGAAUUUAAUAAUACAAAUAUGGUUACUAAAACAACGUCUAAUUCAAAAAUGAAACUUUUAAUGAAAUGUGAUAAACGUCAAUUAAAUGCAGUAAUAUCAGCAUCUCCAUCAGAAUCCAUUUAUAAAGGAACUUCUGCUCAAAUUUCUUGUUGUGUUAAUGUAGACCCUCGUGGAUUUAUUCCUGCUGAGGGAGUUUAUUUUGUACAGAAUGGAACUAGAAGACGUGAACCUACUGAUAAUCCUUAUGAUAAAUUUUCGAGUGAUAUUGACACUCUUUUUGCGGUCCCAACAUGUUGGGUAUUAAAUAUAGAAACAACUCAAUUAAGUGAUGCUGGAGUAUAUCAAUGUAUUGUUCAACCAGCAAAUACUCGCUACAGAACAGUUAACAUUACAAUGGAAUUUUUUGUUAAAACCCCUCGUAUGAUUCAAAAUAUUAAAAUUUUUCCAAAUGAGACAUUUGCUACCAUCUCUUGGGACUCGCAAGAUGAGCAAGCUUAUAUCAUUGAUAUGGAAUUAAUGAAACGUUCUGAUAGACGUGUUAGAACAGGAUGGAAAACAAAUGUAAAAUCACCAGUUACAUUUUCUCAACUUUCUCCUGGCACUCCAUAUACUUUAUUUAUUCGUGUAGCGGAACCACAAAAUGAAUUUUCAUUUACCAUUCAAAUAUCAACAGCAGAUGGACUUCCAGACCCGCCAGUUUUGGAAGAAAUAAGAUUAGUUAAUGUUGGGGAUGAAAAUAAUGCUAAUAUAAUGAAUAAAUUUUGUGAAGUUGAAUGGAAACCACCAAAAACUUCAAAAGGACAAAUAACUCGAUAUUAUGUUCAAAUUUCUGGUAGAAUGAGGCAUAUAGUUUCCGAAACUAAUUUAAGGAUGGAUCAUUAUCCGCAAGGAAAGGAUGGAUGUUCUAAUUAUGAACAAGAUUCUGAACAUUUUAUUAAUCCGGACAGAUCAAAAACUAAUAAUUUUUAUGCCUGCAAGUAUGGGCCUUUAAAGCCAAAUCGCAAUUACAAAGCAACAAUAUGGGCAGAGAAUGGAGCUGGAAAGAGUAACGCUGCCUCAUUUGUUGGUCAAUGUAUAAUGGAUUACGCAGAACCUGAACAUAUCGUUCCACCAGAGGCACUUCCACGAACAAAUAUUUCUUCGUUUUCUCUUUUAUUGAAUGAACCAGACCAAAGCAAUGGACCAAUUUCUUGUUAUUUUCUUGCCAUUUUGCCUUUACCUGCAUCUCUCAAUGGAUUACCUCAAAGAGAAUUAAUUGCUUAUGGAACAUUUGAUGAAUCAUUGCGAAAUAAUCUUUUACAUUCUACAAUAGAUAAUAAACCGUUUUUCGCUUAUAUUGCUGAAAGUUAUGUUAGACUGCCGAAAAAUGUAAAGACAAUUGUUGGUGAUGGUUCUACAUCUGGAGGUGUCCAACCGUGUAAUCUACCGUAUAUGCAAAUUAAAGCUACUGAUCCAGCACUCGUUCCAGACUUAAAAUAUACAGGAUUUCUAAUUGUUAAAGUAAAUAGAGAUGUAAAUUUGUACAAUUCUUCAUUCGAUAAUAAAAUUAAUUGGAAUUUGGAUUCACAAGGAAUUCGCCAUAUUGGUAGAAGGCAAUUACCUGAUCCUGAUUUGGCAUAUUAUGGAUAUUCUGAUUAUUUUACACCUGUCAUCCUUCAAAUAAAUGGAAAUGGAAUGACUGCUUUAGAAAUGUUUUUAAUUUGUUUAUUUCUUGUACUCUUUCUCGUUCUUUCAACAAUUAUAGUUCUCUACUUUUUACGAAAGAAAGGAAUGAUUAAACAAUUUUGGCCAGUUAAAAAUACUUCUCAUGAUAUGUUGAGACCUGUAGUUCCUCCUGCGCCAAUACGUGCGAGUGAAAUUCCGUCAGAAUAUAUUCUUCGGCACAGAGAUUCUGAUUAUCAAUUUUCACAGGAAUUUGAGGUUCUUUUUAAUUUUCAAAAUUUUUUGGAGACAUUAGAAUUUCUGUUCUUAUUUUGUUAUAUUGUUGAUCAUUUUAUGACUCACCUACUAAAUAUAGUUAUGACUCCCUUUCUUGCUGUUUGUUAUCUUAUUCAGGCCCGUAGCCAGGGGGGGGUGAGGGGGGGAAUUCCCCCCCCCCCCCCCCCGAAAUGGGAAAAAGGAAAAAAUUUGGGGAAGGGCUGGGGCAAAAAAAAGUGA